AUGGCGUCUUUGGCACUUUCACCCGAAUCUAUCUUCAACAUUCCAAAUUUUCAGGAAGCUAUUAAUGACACACCCGAUUUUCGCGCCAAUAUCCGAAAGGCUGAAGAGCAAGUAGACUAUUUUGAAAAAUGGCUGGAUGGAUUUUGGAAGGCCUUACGACAAUACAUUAGUGAUGUGGAAGAGAAAUUGGUACAACCGAUAUCUUUCUUUAUCAAAAAUGACUUGAAAGAGUUCAAGGAAGCACGAAGGGCAUUUGACAAAGCUUUAGAAAAAUAUGAUAACAUGUUGAACAGAUAUACAUCACAGUCAAAAACUAAAGAGGCUAGCUCCUUACGAGAGGACGCAUUUCAACUUUAUGAAAUCAGAAAAAUAUAUAUAAAAGUUGCAUUGGAUUAUACGUUGAAGAUUAUUCAGUUUAGGGCGGCGGCAGAUCAUUUAACUAUGGAAAUGGUUUGUAUCUCUUUGCCAUAG